UAUAUGGUUCCGACCAGACGCGCAUCAUCAGUGUCGCUUGAAAAUAGUAAAAUUUGUAACAAGCUUUAUUUUCCAAAUGUCGAACGGAAAUAGGAGCAAUCACACAGAUAAAUCGAUUAUGAAAAGAAAAGUAGGGAAAUGGUGUACAAAAAAGCAAAAAUCUGCCACCUACUCAGAGCAGACUCUACAACAGGCACUCAAAGAUGACCGGGCUGGUGAAUCAAAAAAAUCAGUUGCCCAGAAGUACGGGAUACCUAGAGCCACUAUCCAGUUUCGACUGAAAAACAAGUUAGCUGGAGCAAAACGAGGUCGCAGAACAUACUUGACUGAAGAAGAGGAAGCUAAAAUUGUCAAUUGA